AAAAGGUAGGUGGGUAUUUUUUUUUGUGGAGGAUGAUUUUGGAGCGCAUAUAUAAUGAAAAUAAAAUACAAAAAAGGGGGACGGUCGAAUCCUAGCCAUUUGAAAACUGAAAUGAAGGUUCCCUGAUGAGGGUUGGGGUGGUGUGGGCUGGAUCUCUUAAUGCAGCCCACUCCUCCCCUGCUGCCUCUCUUUUUCUCUCUCUCUCCUACACUUAAAGGUGUCUCCAAAGCCUUGAACAAGCCUGUAGCGAAUUUUAAAAAUCAUUCUUAAAAAUUUGAAAAGAAUAUAUAGAAAUCCUCUUUAAAACAAAGAACAGUACGAACCCUAGAGUCAUUUCUAUUACUGCUAGUAGAAAGAUUUUUUCGGACAGUCCUGUAAAUAUAGAAGUUCUUUUUGUUGUUUUUUUCUAAACUAAUGUAAUGCCAUGUCAUUUUAUUAUUAUUUCUUUUUUUGAGCUGUGUUUGUUUUCCCGACUCGUCGGAUUCUUGUGUAUUUAUACAGUUUCCUGAGUUACCAGAAGGUGCUUGUAAUUAUCCACCAGAAUUCAUGGAUUACAGUUUAAAUGACAUUUGUAAAUACUUUUUUGCUUUCUUUAUUAAGUAUUUAAUUAAAAGAUUAAUGCCUCUUUUCACGUCAGAAGCUGGAAAAGACUAAAGAAAAUUGCAAAUAAAGACUACGAGUUGCUGCAGUGCCUCCUGUCCUGGGCGUGUUUCUUUGGGGUGGGGGUUGGGUUGAGGAGAUGUUGAAGUGGGGUGUGCAAUCAAAUUGAAGCUGAUAAAAACCUUACUGUAGUUACCAUGUAACUAGUGGCAACCGCAUUCUAGAUUGGUGCUAGCAACCCACUGAACAAGCCACUGGUUUCAGUGUGUUGAUUGAGGGGGGGUGUUGAUACCUCAGUUCUGCUCUGCAUGUAGUGAUUUGCAGCAGAACACACUGCAGCCAAUGGGACUGUGGAAUGAGCCCCAUUCAGAAGGGCUUUGUUUGGGAUAAUGUGAUUAUCCGGACACGCUACCUGAUAGUACAGGGCUUGCAGCUCAUUGUGUCCCUGCACUCUGGAUGAGAUGGAGGGGUAUAAGAGAGCACUCUGCCAGCUGCCUCCAGACACCAUGCUCUCCCACAGCAUCCUCCUGCAGCUCGUCUGUGCUGCCUGGGUCCCUCUCAGGAGCUCUGCCACCCCAGUCGGCGCUUUUCCAGAUGAAGAGCGACUGCCCAAAUUCUGGUACGAUUUGUCAAAGGAGCGUCUGCAGAGGAGUCUCGAUUACCAGGAUUCGACCAAGACGGCGAAAAACCUAGUCCUCUUCAUUGGCGAUGGUAUGGGUUUGAACACGAUCACAGCAACCCGAAUCCUAAAGGGACAGUUGGGAGGGAAGAGUGGGGAGGAAUACUCUCUGGCCAUGGACUCGUUUCCACACACCUCUCUCUCCAAGACAUUCUGCACAGACUCCCAGAUCGCUGACAGUACCUGUGCCGCCACAGCUUUCCUGUGCGGAGUGAAAACCAACAAGCUCACUGUGGGGCUCAGUGCCAAUGCCAUCUACGACCAGUGCAACACCACGGCCGGCAAUGAGGUCCCCUCCAUACUGCGCUGGGCCAAGGAGGCAGGUAAGUCUGUGGGUCUGGUCACCACCACCAUCGUCCAGCACGCCACCCCAGCUCCUGCGUACGCACACUGUGUGAACCGCUACUGGUACUCUGACUCUAGCAUCCCCGAGGCUCAGCGGGGACAUGGCUGCACUGACAUCGCCCACCAGCUCGUCCACAACAUCCCCGACAUCGAGGUGAUCAUGGGUGGAGGUCGGAAGUACAUGACCCCCCAGUCGACGCCUGACCCAGAGUACCCCGCUGACCCCAACUCUCAGGGCAGGCGAUUGGACGGGGUGAAUUUGAUUGACAAGUGGAAGGAGUUGAAACCAGGGAAGAAGGCAGCGUACGUGUGGCACAAGACAGCGCUGGACCAGGUGGAUCCAGAGCAGACAGACUACUUGAUGGGACUCUUCGAGCCUGGGGACAUGCAGUACGAGCUGACCCGGAACAACAGUACAGACCCGUCCAUCACAGACAUGGUGGACAAGGCCAUCCGAGUCCUGAGCCGGAACCCCCAGGGCUUCUUCCUGCUGGUGGAGGGAGGGAAGAUCGAUGUGGGGCAUCAUUAUGGGAAGGCCAAGCUUGCUUUGUACGAGACCAUGCUGAUGGACGAGGCUGUGGCGCGGGCAAAGGAACUGACCGAUGACCGCGAGACACUGACCGUGGUGUCAGCUGACCACUCGCACACGCUCACCUUGGGGGGCUACACCGACCGCGGGAAUCCCAUAUUCGGUUUUGCCCCUCAGCAGAGUGAUGUGGAUGGGAUGCACUACACCUCUCUGCUCUACGCUAACGGACCAGGAUAUCGCUUAGCCAGCGGGAGCCGAGCCGAUCCACGCAACGACAGCACCUACAAUAAGGACUACAUGCAACAGAGCGCGGUACCCCUGACCCAGGAGACUCAUGCCGGGGAGGAUGUGCCGGUCUUUGCCCGUGGUCCCUGGUCUCACCUCUUCAAAGGCACCAACGAGGACACCUUUAUUGCCCAUGCCAUGGCAUAUGCUGCCUGCCUGGGGCCCUUUGCCUCCCGCUGCAACCAGACCUCCACCGCCAUGAAGCCAACCUCCAGGGCAGCUCCCAACCUCUCAGCGCCUGGCCCCAGAGUCCUGCUGCUGCUGCUGUACUGCGCAAUGGCAUUGUGACAUCACCACAGCAACGUUCCGCUCCUCCGGUCUUUUUACUUCCUCGUUUUCCAGUAGAAUGUUUAGUUAAAGCACACAAUAGAGACAUUGAUUCUAUUUAAGUUAGAUACAUAUUCUAUGCACACUCAUUGUAAUUGACAUAAAUAUAUAUGUACUAAAGUUGUAUGUUAUUUAGACCUUGGCUGUUCAUGCAGGUAUAUUCUCAUGUACUUCACAUUAAGUGACGUGUUUCUAGUUUGUUUCUAGUACACUGUGUUCAGUUUAAAGAAGGCUCAGGGUUACUCAUUCACUUGUUUACUGUAGUUCUGUAUUGGGGUUAUUAGUGUCAUCCAUCACUAUUAAACAAACAACAGUGCUACAGUUAGAAAUCCUUCAUAAACACCUAAUAAACUCAUUAAUCUCCUUUCUUUUGUUGUUUCUGAAUGCGUUAGUGUUGCUUCAUCUGACACCAAGCCUGCUUGUUCUGUAAAGUGUUUUAUUGUUUUAUUAUUAGAUUUCUACAGUUUCUCAUUGGACAGCUUCCUCACAUGCUUAACCGUUCUCAUUAAAACACAUUAAAUGUUCUUUCCAAUAAAUCAAAAAGUGUUUUGUUUUUUCUUUUUUUUUUUAAAUGGUGCAAGUUUUGCGGUGCAGCAAAGUCUUUGGGAACCCUCCCACACACAUCUACAGAUUUUUUAUGGCAAACAACGGACGAUCCAGAAAACAUGCACGGUCCAGGUCCUAGAGUGAUCCUUCUGAAAGAACACUCCUCCUGUGCUGAACCUUGAAGUCUGGCACACUGCACCCCAGGGCAGAGUCCUGUGCCGAGUGAUUGUGGAAAAGCAUGCAGAAGAGAAUGAAGAGGACCCAAGGUUCUGGAGGACUCGAGCCCAGGACACCCUUCGUAGAGCUCUGAACCUGCGGCACAACACCAACGUGGCCAAGAACAU